CGACUAGUCUCAAACUUUUCAGUCCACUACGUUUCGUCUCCCCCACCUCUCGCUUUUUUUCUCUCUCCAUGUGACUUUCCUAAAAACAAUGGCAACGAUCAUAUCCCGCAUUCUCAUCUAAUCCCGUCAAAUCUUCUGAUUUUUUCAUUACAUACUCAUUUUCAUCUUGAUUUCACUUCAUCUACUGCUCAUUUGUUCUACUCUAAAUCUUGGAGUUUUCUAGAGAAUUCUGGUCUUUUUCAUUUCAAAUUGCUUUGAGCUAAAGAGACCCAGCUGUAUUUGCAUUCUGGUUACUCUUGUACUUAAUUAAGUGAUUUUUUUUAAGUGAGUUAAACUAAUACCACAGUGAGAUCAAUUGUGCUGUUGAAUUGGGAAUAUUAUAGAGAUCCGUUGUAGGUAUCAAUUUGGGUAUUCUGGACUGAAGAGUGGAGGUAUAUCAAAUUGGGGGGUUUUGGAUCGGAUCGGGGGAGAAACAGCGCCAUUAAAUGGCGCUGUUCAGACGCUUCUUCUAUAGGAAGCCGCCGGAUCGGCUUCUUGAGAUCUCUGAGCGGGUCUACGUGUUUGAUUGUUGCUUCUCCACGGACGUGUUGGAUGAAGAUGAGUACAAGACAUAUAUGGGAGGGAUUGUAGCUCAGCUGCAGGACCACUAUGCAGAUUCUUCUUUCAUGGUUUUUAACUUUAGAGAAGGUGAUAGGAGGAGCCAAAUAUCUGACAUAUUGUCCCAGUAUGAUAUGACUGUGAUGGAUUAUCCUCGGCAAUAUGAAGGGUGUCCACUUUUGCCUCUGGAGAUGAUCCACCACUUCUUGCGCUCGAGUGAGAGCUGGCUUUCACUUGAGGGCCAGCAAAAUGUCCUGUUAAUGCACUGUGAGAGGGGAGGCUGGCCUGUACUUGCUUUUAUGCUUGCUGGCCUUCUUUUGUACAGAAAACAGUACACUGGUGAGCAUAAAACUCUCGAAAUGGUGUACAAGCAAGCUCCUAGGGAGCUUCUCCAUCUUUUGUCACCUCUGAAUCCGCAGCCAUCUCAGCUUAGAUAUCUCCAGUACAUCUCCAGAAAGAAUUUUGGCUCGGAAUGGCUGCCAUCCGAUACACCUUUUUCUUUAGAUUGCAUCAUACUUAGAUUCCCUCCUCUAUUUGAUGGUGGGAGAGGCUGCCGACCAGUAGUUCGCCUUUAUGGACAGGACCCUGCUUCAACAACCUCUAAUAGGAGCUCUAAGCUACUCUUUUCAACUUCAAAGACAAAAAAACAUGCUCGCUUCUACCGACAGGAAGAGUGUUCACUGGUGAAAAUAGACAUCCGUUGUCGUGUCCAAGGAGAUGUUGUUCUCGAGUGUGUCCAUUUGGAAGAUGACCUAGUAAGGGAAGAAAUGAUGUUCAGGGUCAUGUUCCACACCACAUUUAUUCGCUCAAAUGUUUUGAUGUUAAUGCGUGAUGAAGUUGAUGUCCUGUGGGAUGCGAAAGACCAAUUUCCUAGAGGGUUCAAAGCAGAGGUGCUCUUUUCGGAUCCUGACGCUGUUCCAUCCACUGAAGAAGUGCCAAGUGAGGAUGAGAAUGGGACUGAAGGUGCUUCACCUGAGGAGUUUUUUGAAGUCGAAGAGAUAUUCAGCAAUGCUGUUGAUGGACAGGAUGGGAGGGGGGAAUCUGGAGCCCACAUUGUUAAGGAAAGUUUGGAGGAUGAUGAUAGUAUUGAAAUAAUCUGGAAAGAGGAGGUGGAACAUCAUGCAUUUCAAGAUUGUGCAUCAGAUGAAGUAAAUCACAAGCAAGAAGGAAAGUCUGCCUCAGAAACCAACAUUGUAGGAGGUAGAGACAAUUCUAUAGCCUCCAAGGCUGUAGUUUCCAAUGUUUCUAGCAAGAUGGAACCAGAACCGCUAAUGUCUGGAGAUUUUGUCCCAUCAGAGGAUGGGGAGCUAAAGCAAGAUAAGGAAGACACUCUGAAACAGAAGAAGUUGGAGAGGGAAGGUGUACAACAGAAGAUGAGUGCUGAUAUUAAUAAACAAAAAAGUGAUAAGACAGUCUCAUCUCUAAAGAAACAAUCAUUGUGCAACUCAAAAGCUUCUGCUGAUGGCGUUGGUCCAAAAAAUAAAUCGAAACAGCAGGAAUCCCAGGGUACUGUUUUACGACAGGCAAAGCCAAAUGCAGUGUCCCGGUGGAUCCCACCUAACAAAGGUUCUUACACUAAUUCAAUGCAUGUAGCAUAUCCACCAUCAAGGUAUAACAGUGCUCCUCCUGUGCUUGCUCUCGCCAAGGAUUCUCAAUCUGGGGUUAAAUCAAAGUCACCAUCUCCUCGAGCUUCUUCAGAAGCUAUAGUUUCUGCUGAAGCAGGUUGUGUUCCAGGUAAAGACUCCUCAUGUCCUGCUACAGUCUCUGCUCCUGAAUUAGCUGACAGGCAGGCCCUGCAGCUUCAUCCAUCUUCUCGAUCGCUGAGCACUUCAUCUCAUGAAACGCCUCAUGCUGAAGUAGCAGGAACUAAUUCAUCAUCAGCUUCUGCAACUCCACUUUUGUCUAGGCAGGAAAGCAAUAUUUUGACAGCUUCUUUUACUCAGCCAGCCUCCAAUUCUCCACCAGCUCCGACCGUGCCUCCCCCGCCACCUCUGAGCACGCUAUCUCUGUCUCUUUCAAGUAAUAUCCAGUCUUUUUCACCUCCCCCUCCACCUCCCCCUCCCCCUCCGCCAUCAACUAGCUUGAGGAUGACUUCGAUGGGUGCCUUUUCUCCUAUCCCACCACCACCUCCACCUCCACCUCCACCCACAUCAUCCAGUGUAUUAAAUGUUGGUAGGGUCUUCUUGCCACCCCCACCACCACCCCUUUGGUCAAGUGGAGGGUAUGGAACUUCCUCAGAAGUAGUAUCUAGUUCAUUCCCUCCUCCACCUCCUCCACCUCCUCCACCUCCACCUAUAUAUGCAUCUACUGUACCAAGAUUGGNACCUCCAGGUGGUGGACCUCCCCCACCACCACCAUUUGGCGCUAAAGGACCUGGGGCAGUUGGCAGAGGCCUUCCUCCCGGGAGAACACAGGGAUUUUCACGCACAGCUGGUGGUGUAGCUCCUCGAAGAUCUAACUUAAAGCCUUUGCAUUGGAGCAAGGUAACUAGGGCACUGCAAGGAAGCUUAUGGGAUGAACUGCAGAGAAACGGAGAGCCUCAAUUGUCACCAGAAUUUGAUUUUUCAGAACUUGAGACUCUUUUCUCUGCUAAUGUCCCCAAGUCAGAUAAUGCGGGUGGCAAAUCUGGAGGCCGAAGGAAGUCUGUUGGAUCUAAACCUGAUAGAGUUCACCUGGUUGACUUAAGGAGGGCGAAUAAUACUGAAAUUAUGCUCACAAAGGUGAAAAUGCCACUGCCUGACAUGAUGGCAGCUGCGCUUGCAAUGGAUGAGUCAAUUUUAGAUGCUGAUCAGGUGGAGAAUCUUAUCAAGUUUUGUCCUACAAAGGAUGAGAUGGAACUUCUCAAGAAUUACACCGGUGACAGGGAGCUCCUGGGAAAGUGCGAACAGUUUUUUCUGGAGCUGAUGAAGGUGCCUCGAGUAGAGUCAAAACUAAGAGUUUUUCUCUUCAAGAUCCAGUUCAACUCUCAGGUCAAGGACUUCAAAAAAAGUUUAAACACUGUGAACUCUGCUUGCGAAGAGGUCCGAUAUUCUCUCAAAUUGAAGGAAAUACUGAAGAAAAUAUUGUAUUUAGGGAAUACAUUGAACCAGGGAACUGCUAGAGGUUCUGCCGUUGGAUUUAAGCUGGAUAGUCUUUUGAAGCUCACUGAUACACGUGCUACUAACAACAAGAUGACACUCAUGCAUUAUCUUUGUAAGGUUCUUGCUGCCAAGUCACCAGCACUUUUAGACUUUCAUGUAGAUCUUGCAAGCCUGGAAGCUGCAUCAAAGAUACAAUUGAAGUCUUUGGCUGAAGAAAUGCAAGCAAUCAUCAAGGGUUUGGAAAAAGUUAAAAAGGAACUGGAGGCAUCUGAGACUGAUGGGCCUGUGUCUGAAACUUUUUGUAAGACCUUGAAGGAAUUUGUUGGUGUGGCUGAAGCGGAGGUUGGUUCUGUCAAGGAGUUAUAUUCUGUUGCGGGCAGAAAUGCUGAUGCAAUUGCACUAUAUUUCGGCGAGGAUCCUGCCCGCUGUCCGUUUGAGCAAGUCACUGCAACCCUCUUAAAUUUUGUGAGACUGUUCCGCAAGGCCCACGAAGAGAACUUGAAGCAGGCUGAAUUAGAAAGGAAGAAAGCUCAGAAGGAGGCUGAAAUGGAGAAUGCAAAAGGAAUUAAUUUGACAAAGAAGGGUGUCAAGUGAAUGGGAUGUUUCAGUGAAUAUUGGGCGUCGAACAAUCCGUGCCUGUUGGUUAACCAUGUUAACCGAGGAUAUCUUCCAAAGACAGACCAAAAGCCUCCUAAAUUAACGCAGGCGCUGUGGCAUUCUUUGAGUUCAAGAAAGAAUAUUGAGGCUUGUGAACCCCUGGAAGUGCAGUGAAAUGCUUUGCAGAUAGGAAGCUGAACCCGACACAUCACUGUCGGAGCUCUUGGAUGAUGCAAGCAACCAGUUGCGCCCUAAAUCAAUCCCCUUAAUUUUAUUAUUGGCAGGAUUGCUAUCCACCUGGAGAGAUUUGCUACAUGACUAAGCAGAUGCUGCAAUCAAGACCGCGGAUUUGGAUAUGCAAUUAUGGAGCGAACAUGAUGGACUCGGUGGCACAAAAAAUGUAGUUGCCACAAUGACAACGUUGACCAUUGACCGCCAUGACGCCAUGUCAACGGUAAAUUAGAAGUGUUACAUCAGCUUGUAUAAAGCCUAGGCAGUGUAUCUAGAUUCAAAGUUGAUUCUUUUUAUUGUAACAUAGAAAAAGGGGUUCCCUGCUGUAUAAGUUUUUGAUGGGAACCUACCACGAAAUUGAUUGUACAGAAAGCAUAGGAGAAGAUAGGGAUAGGUUCUUUAGCAAUAGUAAUGUAUCAAUAUGCAGGCUGUAGGAUUAGCUUCCCCUCCUUCCAAGAUUCAAAUUUUGGAAAAAUGUUCUAAUAUAUUCAUUCAUUAUUGGCAGAGAAGUUGUCUGCAUUUCCUUA